CAUCAAUUUACUCCUGCAUUGCCACACAUAUCAUAUCAUUCAAACCUCAGUUGAGUUUUUGAGCAUAACAAAUUCCCGGUUUUGAAACUCAAUUCAGAUCACCAUUUCCUCCUAAUUAUCCCCUCAAACACAAAGCCUACAACUGCUAACAAACACACACAAAACAGAAAAUGGCUGAAACUGCAGUGUUCCAUCUUCUAGCCAGCUUUGCACCCUUCCUUCAGGAAGAGGUGAAUUUGUUGAGUGGAGUUCGGGAAGCAAUGGAAGACAUCAGAGAUGAAUUCCAGCGCAUGUCGGCUUUCCUCAGAGUUGCUGAUGCUAUGGAAGAAAGGGACCCCGAACUGAAAGUUUGGGUCAAACAAGUCCGAGAUGCUGCUUAUGACACUGAAUAUGUUCUUGACAAAUUCAAGCUUCACCUUGCACAACAUCACGGCGAUGGAUUUGGUGGUUUCCUUCGUAAAUCUUUCUACUUUGCCAAGACUUUAAUAGCUCGCCACCAAAUUGCUUCUGAAAUUCAAAGAAUCAAGUCCAGGGUCAUCAAUAUUUCCGAGGGACAUAAAAGAUACCAUGAUAAAUAUGGUAUACUAGAGCAAGGCUCAAGGUCCAAUGUUGUUGACAAUUCAUGGUAUGAUUAUCGUGGCGAUGCACUUCUGCUCGAAGAAGCAAAGCUAGUGGGCAUAGAAAAGCCCAAAAGACAAUUGAUGGAGUGGCUAGUCGAGGGAGGUUCUGGGUUUAAAGCAGUUUCUGUGGUGGGAAUGGGGGGCUUAGGCAAAACCACUCUGGUUAAAAAAGUCUACGAUGAUGUAACGGUGAAGAAACAUUUUGAUAGCCAUGCUUGGCUCAAUGUUUCUGAGUCAUUCAAGGCUGAGGAUCUCCUGAAGGACAUGAUUCAACAACUCUUUGAAGAAAUCAUGCAACCAGUCCCUGUUGGAGUUGAAACUAUGAGCAUCGACAGGUUGAAAUAUCUGGUUAAUAAUUUUUUGCAACAAAAGAGGUACGUGGUUGUUUUCGAUGAUGUUUGGAGUGUUAAAGAUUGGGAGGCUAUCAAAUACAUGCUACCUGACAAAAAUUGUGGUAGUCGUGUCAUUAUCACAACUCGUUUCGCCGAUAUAGCUUCCACCUGUCGCGAAGAAACUGAUGGUCAUGUGUAUCCCUUGAUGCCGUUGUCCCAAGAGGAGUCUUGGACGCUGUUUUGCAACAAGACUUUUCGGGGGAACUUAUGCCCUCCAAACUUGAAGCAAAUUUCUCUUCGAAUCUUAAAAAGAUGCGAGGGAUUGCCACUUGCAAUUGUAGCGAUAAGUGGUGUUUUGGCUACAAAGGACAGAAGCAGAAUAGACGAAUGGGAAAUGCUUUAUCGCAGCCUUGGUGCCGAAUUAGAGGGCAAUGAUAAACUAGAGAGUAUGAAAAAAGCGCUCUCUCUUAGUUACAAUGAUCUACCUUGUUAUCUGAAGAUUUGUUUCUUGUAUUUGAGCAUUUUCCUGGAGGAUCAACGGAUAUCGUGCAAUAGAGUAAUUCAACUUUGGACAGCAGAAGGAUUUGUGAAUGCUAUUGAGGGGAAGACAAAAGAAGAAGUUGCAAAUGGCUACCUCGGUGAGCUAUUCAAUAGGAGCCUGAUUCAAGUGGUAAGGAGAAAUCCAGAUGGAAGGCCUUAUAAUUUCCGUAUUCACGACCUGAUGCGUGAAAUUAUUCUUUCAAAGGCGAGAGAGCAAAACAUUGUAACAACCAUUUGUAGACAGGGCUUAAGGUCGCCAGAGAAGGUCCGUCGCCUAAUGAUCCGAAGCACCUCGGAUAAUGUAGAAUAUAGCGAUCGUUUUUCUCGACUUCGUUCUCUAUUUGUAUGGGGGGUGAUGGAUUCAUUGCCUAUUGCAUCCUUGCGUGAGUUGUUUAGAUGUGGUUUGAGGCUGUUAAAUGUGUUAGAUUUGGAAGGUACUCCAUUAGAUACAAUUCCAGAUGAAGUUUUCAAACUGAUCCAUCUCAGGUACCUAAGCUUGAGGGCUACAAAAGUGAAGAUGGUCCCAAAAUUAAUCGGAAAGCUCGAGAACUUGGAGACCCUAGAUCUAGCAUAUACCUAUGUGACUGAGUUGCCUGAUGAAAUCCUAAGGCUUCAAAAUUUGCGCAAUCUUCUAUUAUAUCAUUAUAAAGAUAAACGCGUUUCCUUUGAAUUUAUAGAUGCCAGUGGCUUUAAAGCUCCAUCUAAGAUAGGAAGCUUGCAAUCCCUACAAGCGUUGUUCAUGAUAGAGGCAGACCAAAGAAGUGGAGGUGGGAUAAGUAUAGUAAAAGAUCUGGGGAAGCUAACCCAACUAAGGACUUUAGGCAUUAUGAAGUUAAGAAGAGAAGAUGGGGUGACUCUGUGCUCUUCCAUUGAGAAGCUCAAUAAUCUUCACAGAUUAGAUGUAAUGUCAACAAAAGAAGAUGAGAUCCUUGAUCUCCAAUCUCUGUCUUCGGUUCCUCAAUUUCUUCAAACGAUACGCUUGCUGGGACGUUUGGAGAAGUUUCCGCACUGGAUACCUUCUCUCCAUGGCCUUGUGUCUUUAAUUUUAGGGUGGAGCAAGUUGAGGGAUGAAUGAUCCUUUGCAAUCCCUACAAGAAUUACCCAAUUUGGUUGACCUUCAACUUCAUGCAGCAUACGAAGGGGAGGGACUGUGUUUCAAGGCAGGAGGGUUUCACAGGCUUAAAGAUUUACAUCUUCGUAGAUUAAAAGGAUUGAGAUGGGUAAGAGUGGAGGAGGGAGCAAUGCCCCACCUUGAAAUUCUAAAGAUCAAAAAUAGUGAAUUGAUGGAGGAGGUCCCCUUAGGCAUCGAACAUCUAACCAAUCUUCAAAAGUUUGAGCUUGGUGAUAUGUCUAAGAAAUUGAUUUCAAAGUUAAAUCGAGAAGUACAAGAUAGGGAUUAUUGGAAAAUAGAGCACAUCCCUCAAGUUAUACUUUGGUGCUUAGAACCUGGUCAACGUAAAGUAAAGUUUCUAUGAAGAGAGAGGAUGAGGAAGGAUAAUAGCAAAUAACCAUUUUUUUUUUCCCUUUCUUUCAUUUUUAUUACAUAUUCUAAUGAUGAUUUAUUUUCUUCUUGAUCUA